AUGGUUCCUCCCGCUGAAACGAUUACCACUUCACCCCGCGAGGUCGUCGGGCCUAAAAGUCCGCUUGCGAUCCCUGUCAUCCCCAGUGCUAGGAAGAGGGAAGCUGAGAAGAGGCAGGAGAAGAUGGUUUCUGCUAAGCCGAAAGGAGGGGAGGAGACGAAGGUCUCGCCGCCGACUAUGGUUGAUUCUAUGGACCUGCUUGGCCAGAAAUCUGCCGGAGAUGUGGAUGCGAGGCCACCUCUGCUGGCUACUCCCUCCCUCGGAGAUACAGAGCUCUUCUCACAACAGACCUUUGCUGUCGCCGGCGUUGCACCUCCGGCCAUGGAUCCGCCUACUCAUACCGUCUCCAAAGGUCCAGUCCCGUCUCCUAGCCCCAGUCCCGGACAUCGAACGCCCACUUCCAAUCUCUCCAGGCAACCUUCCACUUCCACUUCCGGCGCGAGUCCUUUCCGUCGACCGAGAUCGGGGACCCCGUCUGUCAGAAAGACGGAGAGUAAAAGGCCGAUCAGCCAGGUUUUCGAGAGAUUGAAAGAUAAAGGAAGGUCUUUGAGCAGGGGUUCGACGAAGAGUGAAAAGAGUGGGAGAAGUCGGAGUCGGCCUGCGAGCUUGGUUCUUACGAAUCCGGAUCUACUGGAGGCUGAGGCUGAGGCUGAGCGUGAGGAUGCUGUUGGCAACCUGAAAGAUGAGGGUUCCUUCAGUGUUGUUGGGGUUAGGAGUACGGAGAGGAGAGUCGAGAGCUGGGAGGGACCGAGAAGUACUGAUCCCACUGAAGAGGAAGCGGUCUCGGUAGCUCCAGGCAGGAGGGUCAUGUCUAUGGCAUCUCCUCAGCGCACAGAAGCUUGGAAUGAGCCGGAAGCUGUCAUUCCACAAACACCUCGUACUCCUCGGAAGGAUAACGAUGACGAAGAUAUGGACAGGCUGGGCGUUUUACCAAGUCCCGCUCCUACUGCUGCUACCUUUGAUAGCGGUGGAAGGAGAACGAGUUUGGAUGUCGCGAAAAGAAGGAGUAGCAAUGCGCCUCUUGGAUCUGUCGGUAGCUCGGACUUGGUGAGACACGAUUUGGCCUUGGCGCCGGUGCCAAGUGCCGAGGAUAUCGGCGAGGAAUUAAAUAAGACAUCAGCCAUGGGCGAGCAAGCAGGAGAUCAGCAGGAGCAGAGGCCCAAAGCCAUCAGGAAGAGCAGUGAUCUUGGAGGCUUGCCGAGUCAGCAACAGCAGCCGCAGCAUAUGACGAUCAUGACUGCAAAUGCGGAAGAACAGGGAGGACAGGAACGGAAUGCGGAAGACGUCUCCCCUAGCUCACCCACAACAAGUACUGGGAGAAGAAGCGUCGAGCGCCCGCGAAAGCAUCUGCCGCAACACAAGAGGCGAAUCAGCGACCUUGCUUCCCUUCCGAGCCAGAGAAGGACGUUGGAUUCUCAGCAAGCUCCGUCACCCACGACACCUGAAGGCCCUCACACUCCACAGUCGCCGCAGAGUCCUGUCUCGCACACCUCACCCAAGACAUCAAGGAGACCCGAUAGUCAGACGCUUGUCCCGCUGACAAUUCCAAGCAGCGAGACGAUUGACGACGAAGUCUAUGAGGCCAGCCCGGUCACUAUCAGGCCCAUGAGUCCUACUCUUCUUGGCGCUCGAAAGGCGAAUCCGCUAGACACCCAAGCCGUCGCAGAGGCUGUAAAGGAAGAAGACGAGCUGUAUGACAGCACGCCUACUGCUGCGAGGACCCAGGCUUUGAAAGAAGAGGAUGAGCUUUAUGAGAGUACACCUUUGGCUCAGAGAUCUAAUGCUCCAUGGAAAGCCGCCACCGGAACUGAAACUGGUCACGAGGCUGAAAUCGCAAAGAUGGAACGCGAAAUCCAGCAAGCUGCUGCUGCUGCUGCAGCUUCUCCUCCUGCGGCGGCUGAACCGCAGGACGCUCCUUGGCUCGAAAUUGAGGAGACUAGGAGCGAGAUCUCUGCUGAGGGCGGCGCUCAGGAGAACAAAUUGAAGCCUGUCGCGACUCGCUCCAGGCAGAGCUCUGUUUCGAGCCUAGGAGUGCAGGACACGGUUGCAAUCAAAGAUGAGAAGGCCGGCUUGACAAGUGAGCAGGCAUUGCAAAGAGUUACCUCGGCUGAUGUUCCGGUUAUGUCUUCCCAAGCUGUUCCCGCCGGUCCUGUCACGGCGCCGCAACCAACUCAACCGCAGCAAAACACACCGCUCGAAGUCGUGAACGUUUCCAACCAGCAAGCAGCUCCCAUGCAAGGAGGCCUCGGCUCCGAAGCAUACCAACAGCGAUUCGCAGAUCGAUCUUAUGGUGGAAUGCAGACAUCACAGAUGCAAGAUCGACCGCUGUCGUACAUGCCCCUACCAAGAGAUUCUCAGGGCAAUCUAGUAGAUGAGACGAUCUCUACUAGAGCGGAUGCAGAGCAGCACACUCCACCAGUGGACUUGAGCGCUAUUGCUGGCCCACCGCCUGGAGCGCCGCCGUUUCAGCAACAUCCGCUAUUCCGCAACAGCACUGGAGCUGCAGCUGUGCAACCUACAGAGUACGAGAGGCUACGAUCAUCCGUUGCUAGUGCUGUAAGCCCUGCUCAUUCCCGACAACACUCAGGCGAUGCGAGCGACGCAGCAGCAAAGCGUACUGUGGGCUUCUUCCGAGGCUCACGACAACGUCCCGAAGAAGGCAACGGCUCUCUGCCUCCCAGCGCCAGCAGAAUCGGCGAUCAGCAUGGCUUGGACGGGGUUCAUGGAUCUGAAGAUCUACCCACCAACCUGCCUCCUUCACGGCAAGGUGAAGAGAAGCAGGCUAGACGUCGCUCGGGCAUCUGGGAGGCGUUGACGUCGAAGAGGCCUUCUAGUGCUACUAAGAUGGAUUCUAGUCGAGAUAGCUCUGUCGCAGCUCUCGACUCGCGUCCGCCAAGCGCGCCGCAGAGACCUGCCCAGGAUAGCUCUCGGCCAGGUACGUUGCGCAAACCUCACCGAGCGUCGACCGGCACAGAAGAGCUGCAGCCGGCGAAGAAGCGAUUCUCUAAGCUAGGCUCGCUCUUUGGGAGGUCGAAUACUACAGGCCAGGCCAAGAGCAAGCCUAAACGUCUUACGAAGACAAACCGGCCCGAAAGCUCGCGACAACCGGACACGAUUGAAGAAAACAAGCCUGCCCCCUUCGGAACGGUCACCGGCAGCGUGCGAGGCUACCGAGACUAUGAAGCGAUGCGCCAGCAUGACAUGCCUGCGUUGCAGGGGAAUUCCACAGCGGAGCAUACAAGUUCGGGCAACGCGCCGCCACAGCGUCCACCUCCACCUUCUCCGGGCCCUAAUUCUUCCGCUCCUCCGGACAUGCAGCCGCCUCCCGGUGGUUGGUAUGAGCCCGAACACAAUAGAGAGCGCGACAUGACCGGUUUUCCACCUACGCGAGGGCCUCCUCUGCCAGAAUUCCGAAGGCUUCAUAGCGCGGGAGAGAGACCGUCCCGACCUAUCGCGCAGGUUGGCGAGGCUUUCAGGCCGGUUGAGUCUUCUCUCAACAGGACCGUGAAGGCAGUUGGCCCAUCACUCGAUGAUGCGGCGUUCAGAGGCUUCUCUAGCUCUAACGUACCUACGCAGGCAGCUUUUCUCCCGGACCGGCAACCUUCGUAUAGUGGACCUCCAACCGGAGCCACGCCUUCGGAGCGAAUGGAUACGAUGAUGGACCCUUCACGACCCCGGAAUCCAUCGCAUGGGUCUGAGAUCUCGUAUCUCUCGCGUGACGUCUCCGGACGGUCGGAAUACUGGCCACCUGGUUCCCGACCUUUCGGAUCGAUGGGCUCGAUCUCGCCGGUCCAGUCGCGCACGGGUUCGGAAGGAUAUCCUCCGCCGCACGACCAGCGGAUGGGCUCGAUUGGUCACGAAAUGGGACGGGGUCCGGUGCAGGAGUAUGGCGAUCAGCAGACGCCUUGGGCGGUGACUAUGCCGCUCCGUGUUCCGGAAGGAGAUCGUCCACCGUCUUGGUCUAUGGGAGCAGACGAAAGGCGAAUGUCUGGACAAGCUCAGGGAAUGAUACCCCCACCGUUGUUGCCGCCGCAGCAGGGAUAUCCCCACACUCCCCCAUCGCGCGACCAUGUUCCUCCCAGAACCCGAGACGCACGCAUACCGUGGGAAGACCACCAACCCGUGCGACAAAACACGUAUCCCCCUCCCCGACCACCGCUCGCACCCACCGCGUACCCCUCCCCUCCCUAUGCCGCGGAAUCGCCACCACGAAAUCACGAUCAACGACCUCCUUACGCAUACGCACAGCAACCGCAACCGCAACAGCAGCAACGACUCCCACCACCACCGCCACGAGCAGGACCACAGUACCAGUACCAGUAUCACCAGUAUCAUCAGUAUCCGUACCAGCCACGACGACCAGCAGCACAGAACCGCUACUAUGCCCAACCACAACAACAACAACAACAACAACAACAACAACAGCAAAACCAGCAACAACAACAAUCCCCCCUACCACCCCCUCCUCGCUACCAGGGCCCUCCUCCACCGCCGCCAUCGGCGCAGAGGAGGCCUUCUUCGGGCUACAGUGGACGCCGAGACGAUCCGACGGUCGGGGAGGAGGAAUUGAUCAUGCGGGGCGCCAGUUACCCGGGGCAGGAAUGGACGCCUGCGGGACUGGGACGGCCCGGAGGGUGGGAUUAA